AUGUCUCACAAUUUGUACACAGACGAAACCCCAGCCGACGUCAAGAAUGCCAAAGGCUUACACCUCAUCACGCAGAACACGCCAAAUGGCCAAGCCGUUCAGAUUUUCCUAGAAGAGUUGAAGGACACCUAUGGCACUGAAUGGACCACCACUAUCAUUGACAUCUCAACCAACGAGCAGAAAAAGGACUGGUUUCUGCGACUUGAUCCUAACGGAAGAAUCCCCGUCCUCAUUGACAACACUCAAUCACCACCCUUCACAGUCCACGAGACCUCGGCCGAGCUAUUCUACCUCUUAAAGUUCGCCGACAAACAAGACAAAUUCGGCUUCACAAACGACCUCGAGCGCAACCAAGCUUUACAAUGGACAUUCUUCUGGCAUGGAAGCGGAGCACCAUACCAAGGCCAAGUAAACCACUUCACCCGCGCCGCCCCAGAAAAACUCCCAUACGCCAUCACCCGUUUCCGCAACGAAACUCUCCGCGUCUUCGGCGUGCUGGAAAUCCAGCUGAGUGGAAAGUACACCGGCGAGCCGAAAGAAUAUCUGGCGGGAAAUGGUAAGGGAAAGUAUAGCGUUGCAGAUAUCAAAACCUGGCCUUGGGUGAAGAAUUGGGAGAAGUCUGGGUUUACGCAAGAAGAGAUGGACAAUUUUCCUCAUCUUCUCAAGUGGAUUGAUCGUGUUGCUGAGAGACCGGCUGUCAAGAGGGGGAUUGGGGAGGGGUAUUUGAAGAAGUAA